UCUUUCGAGCCUUUUGAGAAUUUUUCAAGAAGCUCAUCAAUAAUGGCUUCCUACAGAAGUGGCCAGCUCUCACUUUAUUGCAACAAAUGCAACACACUUCUGGCCACGUCUGACAUUUUAAUGUUGGCCAGCAUACCACCGACACAGACGCACAUAGCUGUAAGAAACGAACACGAGGAGACAGCCUAUGAGAAGGUGCGAAAAAUCCCCAAUCCGGAUCCCAAGAGAGCUGGUUUUAGUCCGUACAGAACACUCUGCAAACAAUGCGGUGAUGUUAUCGGAACAGUCAGCAUUAUUGAAGAAGCAACACUGAUUUGUUUCAAGACAGAAAAGAUUCACUUCAGGCGAGGAUACGAACAAAUUAAAGGGAAGAAGUUAAAGCAGAUUAAGGAUAAAAUUAUACAGUAUGGCCUUGAAGUCGUUAAUGUGUCGCAGCUAAGUGGAACGAUUUCACGGGCAGUCACGCAUACACGGACACCAGCACAACCUCUUGUCUAUUGUGACGUCAACCUCAGUACAGAAGAAAUUUUAUCCUUGACAAAAGAUGCACCCAGAGGAUACCAACGAGAGCUCUUCUUACAGGCCAUACGCAGGAAUACUCUGGUCUACUUGCCCACGGGCUCAGGAAAGACGCUGAUAGCGGCAAUGGUUUUGAGCUGUAUGAAGAAGCUUAACCCGGACAAAUUGAUGGUGUUCCUCGUUGACAGAAUCCCCCUGGUUUACCAGCAGAGUGAAUAUAUCAAGUCACAGGUACCAGAUGUAAGGGUGGAGAUACUGGCCGGGGAUAUCGGACGUUUCCCAGGGGAUAAAUCACGUUGGAUAGCAACCAUUCAAGCGCUUACAGAAAACAAGAUCGAUCUUCUGGUGAUGACGAGUCAAAUUCUCAUAAAUCUGAUGGCUGAUGAGUGUCCUGUAUUGCGCAUGUCCGACAUAUCCGUGCUGGUUUUCGACGAGGCACACCAUUGUUUGGGAAACCACAGCUACAAUCAAAUUAUGAGAGAUUACUACAAAACCACGAGCAACAGGUUUAAGCCGCUGGUGCUAGCGCUGACUGCAUCUCCCGCCGGAGCAGACAAGCUGGAAACCACACAGACGAAAAUCGAAGAACUGCUUUCAAAUCUGUGUGCAUGCGCGCGCAUGCCUUUGUGGUCAGGUGAUCUGGAGUUGUACUGGAAUCGACCAGAAACAUCAUAUCAUGUUGUUCCUUUGAAUGGAAAGCAACAAUUUCUUCAAUCCUCAGUGGUAUCGUAUGUUGAAUCCCUGACGAAGAUGAUCGAAGACAAAGCAGGGAGUCCUCACGCGCUUGAUAGAUUAUCCAUUUUAACCCCAUCUUAUCGUGGCGCUUUGCGUAAGCUGAUGGAACGUUGCCGUGGUGACCAGAGCCGAGUAAGAGGACUAGCACUAGGGGAACAUGCCAUGCACAUGCUGAGUGUGAUAGAGAUCAACAAUAUUCUGGGCAACGAGUAUGCGGUUGAUUGCAUCGAAGAUUGCAUCAGGCAGAUGCAGACUGCCACUUCGCCAAUGGAGAAACUGAAGAAAAAACUCAUUGGUUCCUUGAAUCAGUUGAAGACUCUGCAAUUAUCGAUCAAAGACCUUAAGCGCAUUUCAAAUCUGUUCACAUCUAGUGACAGGUAUCAAUAUCUUAUCAAAGAACUUCAGAACUUCAUUCGCAAAGUUAAAGAAGACGAAACGUCCAGGGCAAUUAUCUUCGUCAAGAUGCGAAAGACUGCAUACAAACUUGGUGAGCGGAUCAGGCAAGAAGCUAGAAUUCUAGCUCAUCUUAACCCAGCUUUCCUUGUAGGUCAUGGACAGGCGAGUGAUGGAAUGGACUGGAGAGGAGAGCAGGAAGAGGUUUUAAAGAAGUUCCGCUCAGGCGAGGUUAAAGUCCUGGUCAGUACAAGCGUGCUGGAGGAAGGUCUGGAUGUGCCCGUAUGCAACCUUGUUGUCCGCUUUGACAGCGCCCUCACUUUGCGGGCGCUAGUCCAGAGUCGCGGACGCGCUUCUCGUCGGCCAGAUAGCAAGUUUGUCGUAAUCUGUAGUGAUGCAAAGGAACAAACUGAUGCGUUUGAUGCAAUUACGAAGGAGAAGAACAUGGAGGAAGCAAUGAGGAUACAGCAACUGUGGAAUUCCUCAAGUAGUCCCUUGCAAGGCGAGUCCUUUGGUUGCCACUUGAAGAAACCCGACUUCAGCCCUCCUGCUGAACCGGUGGAAGCUCCGUACCAGGAUCAGCAGCUGGAGCAGGAGCCCACUGCUGAAGAUGAAGAAACGGGAAUUGAGUACAGUAUUAGUCUAAUGACAAUCCACGAAAGGGGGGAAAGCUUGGCUUCGGGAGGACCCAGAAAAAGAAAGAAAAAGUACAUUCCCAAUGUGACGGUUUCCAUACACAAUGUCAUCCUUGGAAGAGAGAGCAAGGAAAUUGGAUUUCUCACAGAGUUCUUUGAAGCGCACUUCGAAGUAAAAUCACUAAAAAGCGAACGUAUUGAGGCAGCAGUGGCAGUGGCGAAGGACGAAGCGUGUGAUAGAAGCCUUACAUCGGGCUUUCUUCGACUGAAUCUAGNAUGCGUUUGAUGCAAUUAAGAAGGAGAAGAACAUGGAGCAAGCCAUGAGGAUACAGCAACUGUGGAAUUCCUCUAGUAGCCCCUUGCAAGGCGAGUCCUUUGGUUGCCACUUGAAGAAACCCGACUUCAGCCCUCCUGCUGAACCGGUGGAAGCUCCGUACCAGGAUCAGCCGCUGGAGCAGGAGCCCACUGCUGAAGAUGAAGACAUGGGAAUUGAGUACAGAAAUAGUCCAAUGACAAUCCAUGAAAGGGGGGAAAGCUUGGCUUCGGGAGGACCCAGAAAGAGAAAGAAAAAGUACAUUCCCAAUGUGACGGUUUCCAUACACAAUGUAAUUGUUGGAAGAGAGAGCAAGGAAAUUGGAUUUCUCACAGAGUUCUUUGAAGCGCACUUCGAAGUAAAAUCACUAAAAAGCGAACGUAUUGAGGCAGCAGUGGCAGUGGCGAAGGACGAAGCGUGUGAUAGAAGCCUUACAUCGGGCGUUCUUCGACUGAAUCUAGAGCCGCUUGAAAAUCAAGAUUUUCGCUCCAAGGAGAAAUUUUUUACUCAUAUUGCCGAGUCUUGGUGUUCUCGUUCUAAAAAACUGCGAAACCAAACAGAGAAACUUUGGCUUCGCCGUGCUGAUGCCGUUAGGAAUCACAAACGUAAACCAGUGCUGGUGAUUAAACCAGAUACCAUGGUUCUGGGAUAUUUUAUUAAUCAAGCCAGUUUCUGUGUCCAUUGGCCUUUUAAUCCCAGGUUUGAAAACAUUCGCGUUGCUUUUGAACAUGACUUGCGAACGAUGCUGGUUUGUUUCACGGUUCCCAAUCGUUUAACCCAGUGGAAGGUAGAUUUGUACAAACUUCAGAUUCGUUACAGCGAACUGCACGAAUUCGUGUUGGUGGAUAAAGCGAAAUCUUCCUCAUUCCACCAAAUCUAUGUAAAACUGAGACACCCUCCCCGCAUGUUCAAGGCAAAAAGCUUCAUUAAAAAAGACCAAGUUGACGAUGGAGAAGAAAACGACUUUGAAGAAUGGUACUUUGAGGAUGAGGACUACGAUUUUGACGACGACCCCGAUCGUCACCUUAGCGACGAAUCAGCUAGCAGCUCCGAAGAUGAACGAGGUAACAUCGGAAUUGAAGCUUCGCAAGAAGACGAGAAACCCGAUAAUGCAGCUCUACUUACGAGUUCGGAUAUCGCAAGUAUCGAUGAAGUGGUGAACUGGGAGCGGGUUACCGAAAUAGAAGAUAGCGGUGAUGCAUUUGGCCUAUGCUGUACUUACAACUUCACUUUUAAAGCCAGCGAAUGGAACGAGGUCAAAGAAGUUCUAAGAACAAUCGGGAGAUACGACAAGAAGAUCUUCUUUGCCUCAAUGCAAAAGUCAACAAGACGAUUGCCAGUUGUGAAUUUUCCCGAAGAGCUGCCUUUCAGCGUCAAAUACACUGCACAAUGCCUCCUACAUUCUUUUCCGUUUAUCAGAGGGAGAUUGACCCAUGACUUUAACAACAUAUUAGGUAGCAAGCCUGAAAAAAUUGUUUUGGUCGCCUUAGGAAAACUCGCUGCUGCCCUGCAACGGAAUAGUUUUUGUGACCCAGAAGCAAUGUUUAAAAGGCUCCUUGAUGAGAAGGAUUUUAAAGCCGGUGGAAUGUUAAAGCAACUCAUUCCUUCCCAGUGCGCGUUGAUUAAGCGCAUGGUCAUUACCCCCACGCGCCUGCUGCUCUACACGCCAGAAGUGAUGUCCAAGAAUCGCGUGCUGAGAAAUUACAACACUGAUCAGUUUCUGUGUGUCAAUAUCCGCGAUGAAGACUUCUCGAGGCUUUCAUCAGCUGGAGGAAGCAUUGAGAAGAUUUUGGAACGCGUUAAACAGACUUUGGAUAGCGGGGUAAUAGCAGGCGGGGACUGGUUUUAUUAUCUUGGUUCCUCCAAUAGCCAACUGAGAAACCACGGCUGUUGGUUCGUUCGACCCAGUCCACACCCAGAGGAGAUUCGACAAUGGAUGGGCGACUUCAGCAAAAUAAGGUAAAUAAAAAUAAUGUAAAACAGUCUUGAAUGUUUUAUAACUCGAAUUUGUUCUUCAGAGCUUUUUUGGUUACUUUAGUGGUUCACGCUUUCGUGUGUUUGAUCAAGUGUUUUCUCCAACAGAUGCGUAGCAAUUUUCAUGGCUCGUAUGGGGCAGUGUUUCUCAACAUCCAUGGACGCUGUGGGCAUAGAUGUCAACGAAGGAACCUCCUGGGGUAUGGACGAGGAUAUUGAAACACUUGAUGGUGGUUACUGCUUCUCAGAUGGCGUGGGAAGGAUCUCUGACUCACUUGCACAGAAGGUAGGAAAGACGCCGUUAAGAUGAAUCAACAGUUUACUCUCUUGGCCCACACAACCAUUUUUUUCUCAAGUAGUUCGUACUAACUGAAUUUUUAUUGCAUUUGUACAGCGAGUUUAACGCCUAAAAAACUCACUUGACAGAACAGACAGCAAACAAAAUUACCAGGUAUCAUCUUUACAGAUACACGCUAUUUUAACCUUCCGAAUCACUCUAGCCAAACCAUGACAAUCUGCGGUCUUUCCCUUCACCAAGGCGACACAGCGCUAGGCAAAAAACUUAAUUCGGAAAACUAAAUCCUCAAUGGGCGCUUUUCACUCAACUAACUAUCUAAUAAUCAAUAUUUCUAGUGUAACCAUGCUCCCACCAAAAGCAUCGCUUCACCAGUCGAAGUCUAAACGAAACACAUCCCAUGAUUUGUUGGGGUGCUUUGACAAAGGAAUUGCGCUCUUCGAUCUUUUCACGCUGAUGAAUCUGCUUAAUCAAUUUAUUUGAUAAAACCAAAGUUUCUGUUUUAUAUCACAGGUUGCCAGAAAGAUUUCUAAAAAUUACGUGCCAUCUGCGAUUCAAAUUCGAUUUGCUGGCUGUAAAGGGGUGUUGACGCUUGAUCCUACACUUCCAGGGAAGAAAGCAGUUUUUCGACCGAGCAUGCGCAAAUUCGAGAGUCCGCACCGCCGUCUAGAGGUUCUACAGACGUCACGCCCUCAGGUUGUCUUUCUAAACCAUCAGCUAAUAAUGCUCUUGUCCAACCUUGGUGUCCCGGAUGAAGUGUUUCUCAAUUUGCAGCGCGCAAUGUUGGACAGACUUGCGGGUAAGGGAGUACCUCCAGGCCCAGAAGUUAGACGUAACCUUUUACCUCUCUAGGCCGACGCUUUUUCGCGCGUUUUGAUGAUGUAUUUAGCAUUUAGCGAAUCCUUUUGAUCGGCUUUUCUGGUAUCUACCCUUACAAGCGCCUAAAACGAAUGAAAAUGUAAAACUGAUGGACAAUGCAGAAAAACCAGGGGUACUUACCAAUUACUCGCAAAAACCGGAAAUUCCGGUUUAUUAAUUUAAAGGCUCGUGCCUUUCGUUUGGGAAGCUACAGAAAGUAUGAACCGUCAUUUGAGGUAAUGCAGGCUUCCCCCCACCACGUCAAAUUUUAUAGUUUUAUGUUUGUGCUCAAGUUUUUCAUCCGCGUGAUUUGUGUAAAUGGUAAGCACCCCAACAUUCCAUGACACCGGUGAGCAAAGCGUGGAAAUAUUCAGCUCUUUCCCGCUUGUCGUAUGACAGAAAAAGCUAAUAAAAAGCAUGACUGCCCUACCUUCUUUCAAGUUUUGUGUAGCACCUAAGUUUCUUUCUGCAUGGUAACGAGGAGCAAAAUCAAAUUGUUGAUACAACCAGUGACUUUUUUUCUGUGUAAAGGAAUGCUAGUUAACGAGCGUCUAGCUGUUCAACAAAUGAUAUCUGGGGCCAAGACAGGAAUUGGCUAUAUGCGCUUGUCAGAAGCGGGAAUGCAGCUGACCACUGAGCCCUUUUUCAAGUCGCUGUUGGUGGCACUUUAUAAGGACCGGAUGCAGAAUCUACUGAGUCGAGCCCGCAUUCUUUUACCACCAGCGGAAGCUCGACUUAUGAUUGGUGUCAUGGAUGAAACAGGGAUUCUGCAACCAGGCGAGGUAAGGUUGGAAAUUUAUAAAACGAAAAAUUUAUUACUCGAUAAUGGAAGUAAGGCAAAAAGUUUUUCUCUUUAGCAGUUCUGAUUAGAACUCGGCUGAUCAAUGAAUCAAUCCUAUUUCUAAGGACUCUUUUCAGUAUUUUACUCAAGAUAUUCUGCCCGGCAUAUGUUGCGUGGUUUCACUGUAGCAAGAUGAUCUGCGCAAAACGCCCAGUUGUGCUUUUAGAGAGUGUUUGACAGUCUCUCCUAAAUACUGUAUUGUAGUGCCAUAAUUCUCUCAAAGAAUCCUAGGCCAAGUUUAUCUUUACAUGAAUAAGCACCAGGUCCUGACACUAGUAUUUCUGGAAUCAGUUAGAUAAUAACCAGCGCUAAUUAGAAAUAAUCGGACAGAUAAAAAUUUUCAACAGUCUCCUGCACAGCUUUUUACACAGUACACAACCAAGAGGGAGAGAGAGAGUCCAAAACAAAAGUUCAAGACGACUCCCAAAUUUUACGUGCAUUACACCACUUGGAAAUAUAACCAAAAAGGUUUCAUUUGAAUUGUCACACUACUGGACUUCAUCCACAGCAUAAAAAGUUUAAUAGAAGCACCUUCCGCAGCAUUAAAAAAACAGUACCACAGGAAAGUACACCUCAGUAGAUUUCUUCUGAAACUUUGGGAUUCCAUCCAGAGAAUCAAAAGUUAGAACCACCUCGUACAGCAUAAUAGACAAUACCCCAGGAAAGUACUACUCAGUAGCUUUUAUCUGAAUGGUCGCACUUUAGGAUUCCAUCCACAAGCUUAAAAGCUAGUCAGAACCCAGUGAGAGCCACAAUACCACGGGAAAGUACUGCUCAGUAACUUUUAUUCAGAAUGGCUACACAUUGGAGUACUUUAGUAUUUAAUCCACAGACUGAAAAGUUAGAACCAUCUUAUACAGCAUAGUAAACAAUACAACAGGAAAGUACUGCUCAGAAGCUUUCAUUUGAAUGGUCACGCUUUAGAAUUUCGAACUUAAACGCAACAGUAAGAACUGCGAUACCUAUCGCCAUAACAAAAUUAAUUGAAAAUGUGAAAUUCAACGGGAAUUAUAGAACUGAUUUUUACUAUUGAAGAUGAUUACUCUUCUUAACAAAUGAAUUGCUUUUGUAUAUUUUGAAGGUAUUUGUGCAGUAUUCCGCAAUGUCCUCGGAUCCUGAUCAUGAAGGAGAAUUCAGCAGAACAGCUCAACAGACUCUCACAGGACCUGUGGUAGUGACCAGAAAUCCAUGCCUUCAUCCAGGAGAUGUGAGACUGCUGACCGCAGUAUCUGCACCUCAGCUGGCUCAUUUGGUGGACUGUGUCGUAUUUCCAAAUCAUGGACCCCGUCCCCACCCUAGUGAGAUGGCAGGUAUAACUUACACUCAUAGUGAUGGCGACAACUUUAGAAGCAAUUAUUGUUUUUUAUUUUAUUUUUUAUUUAUGUACUUGUAUCAUCAGCGUUAUUCCUAACGUAUUUGAAGAAAAAAGGCAAAGGCAACCGAAAAAAUGAGAAAUUACAAAACUUGUGCUUAAUAUUUUCAGACUUUCCCAAAUAAAAGCUUAGAUAGAACAUCCCGAUUUCAUUAUGGUCACACUGUUAACAAGAAGCGUCUCAAUCAGCCCGAAUACUUCAUUUUAAUCAUUGUAGUUAUAAUGAUAAUGCUGAAGAAAUCGAACCCUACUAAAAUUAGAAAUGUUUCUUCUUAAGGCGGUGAUCUUGACGGUGAUUUGUACUUUGUUUGUUGGAUGAAAGACCUUCUGCCGCGAAGAAAACUUUUCCCGCCAAUGAACUACAAAUCGCCUCCAAAACGGCAACAUUUUGGACCAAUCACAACCCGUGAAAUGACUGAGUUUGUCGCUGAGUACAUCCGGUUUGAUCAGCUUGGCGAGAUUGACAACGCUCACAAAGCCCAAGCGGAUUCCAUUGAGAGAGGGGUGGAAGCGCCACUUUGCCUUAAGUUGGCAGAGCUUCACUCGCUAGCAGUUGAUGCGCCGAAGACCGGGGAGUGGCCCAAGAUGCCUAAAGAAGCCAAGGUGUCCGUUUUUCCAGACUUUAUGAUGAAGUCCGACAAGCCAAGCUAUCCUUCAGAGAAGGUUUUAGGCAAGUUGUUUCGUGAGUGCAGAGCGUUUAAGGAUAGCAUCGCGCGUGAUGUCCCUCUUAAUAAACCUCACAUUGUGCCAGACUUGUUGGUACCAAACUUUCAAAAGUAUCAAGAGGAGGCAAAGAGCAUUUACGAGGAGUAUUCUAACCAGGUAUUACGAUUUAUUUCCAACAGUCACAUUUUAGUAGUAAGUCAAUCUCCAUCAUUGCAACCCUUUCAGAAUAAGGGACUAUUUUUUGUUUUGCGAGAACACAAAAAAGUUCUAAACAAAAUGCGCAUGCGUAGAGAGUUGAUAGAGUGUGCCUCUUCCCUAUUCUCGUCCCCAGAGCCCGUCGUUUCUUGGUCACGUGGUCCGUUACGAAUUAAGCCGACUGGCUCAGGGGACGAGAAUGGCCUCUUCCCAGGGUAGUUUCGUUUAUCCUCGCUACGUCACGUCGAAAAAAGUGACGCUGGAUUUCGAGAGAGAGCCAGGCUUUAAUGGCCAGUUUACAGAUAUUUAAAGUUUUGAAAUAACGAUAUAGCAACCAAUUUGGCCAAAGUCAGGGUUCGAAUCCCGGGAAGCCUGAAAAUUUUCAGGCCUUCUUUUCGCAAAUGUAUAAGUUGUGUAAUUUAACUAUUACUUCGAUGAUAUUCUCUGCACUUAAGAAUAGUUUUUGUUGAAAAAAAAAAUGCUUUUUGUGUAUCUCAACGUUGGAAAGUACCUUUUUGAAGUACCUUUUUGAAAGUACCUGUGAAGUACCUUUUUGAAGGCUUAAAAGUUUUCACCGUUAUUCGGUACAUUGUAACUCUUCUAUAUAAGGGCUUACUACAGUUUUCAGAUGAAAACUAUCGACUUUUUCAAACUGGAACAUUAGGGCCAUUUAUACGAGGAAAAAUAAGACGCGUCUUACAUAAGACGCGUCUUAAAUAAGACGCGAACUUUCCGUAUAAAUGGCACAUUUCGUCUAAAAUAAGACGCGGCUUAUAGCUAAGACGCGUCUUAUUAGAUAAGACAUGCUCGUAUAAAUGGUACAGUUCGCGUCUUAUUUAAGACGCGUCUUAUGUAAGCCGCGUCUUAUUUUUCCUCGUAUAAAUGGCCCUAAUUCUAGCAACUGAAAGCGGGUCUUUACCCCUUUUUGGGUGCUCGCACUAUAUUUCGCGUUAUACUUCGCAAUAAAAUGUUUUAGAAGGAAAAAAUUAAGGAUAAUUUACAUCAAUUGUAGUGAUUAACAGUUCAGAAGAGGCCUUUAGUUGCUAAAAAUGUUCCAGUUUAAAAAGGUCGACAGUUUUCAUCCGAAAAGUGUAGUAAGCCACCUUAAGUCGUUGAAAAUGUUUCAUAUGUUUUUCGUUAGUUAUUAAAGAGGUCAUGCGGUUUUUGUUUUACCCAGCUCCACGCAUUGAUGAACUUGUAUGGCAUUGAAAGCGAGGGUGAACUUCUCUCAGGCUGUUUUUCGAAACUGCAUUCUCGCCUUGGAAGAGAAAAAGUGGAGAUCGCCGACAUCGUAAGCAGAAUUCUUGCGAAAAUACGCGAAAACUUCCGAAAAAAGUUCUUCGAAGAGUUCGAUCUGGCCGGAGAUGACCGAGGGUCCAGCGAAGCUAUUUCCGAAGAAUUGCAACAGAAGGCAUCGGCGUGGUAUUACGUCGCAUACAGUCACUUGCGAUUCGGCAAGGAAUCAGAGAAUUCCUCAGAGGACCCCAUUCCGCAGUUUCUCAGCUUCCCGUGGCUUGUGGAUGACGUCAUGCUUUCAAUUCGACUUAGUAAGGCUUGUGAUGAACAAGACUCACAAAGCGUGGUCACUUCAAUCAGCGACAGUGUCAUCAAACUGUUUGACUAUGAACGAGAUCCACUGGUACAAGGUUUUCACGACAGGAUACAGAAAAAGAGUGUCAUAUCACGUUCACUUCCGGGUGUUGCUUUGGCCAUGUUUGGUUCCUCAGCGACAUUUCUCUUCCGGCAAGACUCUGACCUUGACCUUUGCGUCAUUUAUCCCACGCACAUCGCUCUUCGACAAAAGCUUGGACGAGACGAUCAGAUCACCGUGCUCAAAACCUUACUCCCGGUCUUCAGUAAUCUGUUUAAGCAUGCGCGGCUUGUGGAUCAUGCCCGGGUGCCGGUGAGUGUUCAUUCUUAUACCUAGCGUUGCGAUCCUUUUCGCCAGCGCCACAAGUCGCUUUAUAGCGCUAGCCGCUAGUCAAAAGGAUGGCGGUGCCCCCCAAUUAUUUGACUGUCACAUAAAAAUUUACUCUAAAGACUGCAUUUGGCGGCCUAGUUUCAAGCAUUGGUUGAUUUAUGCUCUUUUUCUCAUUGAUUUGUUGGAGUUCUGCAGUGAAAUUGUGAUAGCUAUAACGAAGUAGAAAAAGGAAGCUACAGUCGGUGGAUACCCCUUUCCAGGUGACUUGCCUAUGCGCAAGCGCAUAGUACUGGUCAUUCCACGAAUGGUGUCUGAGUACCUCCCUCUAUCUUUUGUUUUAACUUUGCAUAAUUCUUUUUAAUUCUUAAUAUGUUCAUAUCCAUAUUUAAUUCCAGGUGAUUGCCUGUGACAAUCCUGCAAAGCGAUCUGGCUCACUGGCAAGCGUUAAAGGGGAUGUUACAGCGUCAUAUGAUGGCCUUCUGAAAGCCAUUGUCUUAUCAAGCUACAUCAAAUCAUACCCAGCUCUUCUACCUGUUCUCCGUCUUCUUAUGAACUGGGGUCAAGUGACAGGUCUCUUGGGGCACGGGGUAGACGCGGGAAUCAAGUCGAACUUGUUAACGUUCCUAUUUCUGAUAUUCUGCGUUUCCAAAGGACUGGUGAAUGAUUUCAGUUGGGAACAUGUUUGGAACCGGUGUUUUCAAAUUGCGACUGGCAGAAUCAAUGACGCAGUGCUCAAACAAGAAUGGGACAGGGUUAUGAGCUCUUUUCAAUCAACAGAAACCUCGGAUGCUAAGAAAAGUGGUCAACUGAUUCUGGGCGAUCAGCAAAUAGGCGAGAUUCUACUGACAUUUUUCCAAGCCUACAACACAACCCUCGACUUGGCAAUCCCACAAACCUUCGCUUCCUUACUGGGCGUGCGCAAACUUGAAGAACUUCUUGACUCAGAGCAUCUGCGGCUCCUUAAGGAACACAUGCAGCGCGCAUUUCAUCUUCUGGCGCUUUAUGGCGAUGCUGAAGUGCUCCUCACCAUAAGCGCCUCCGAAAUCGAUCGCGUCAUAUUUCUAUCUCAGGCACUGUCUUACACCAUGGCCGGUUCAGAAAGGCAUAACGCUUUUGAACUCUCGAAAAAGACUGGUGCGAGGGUAACCAUUCGUCCCAGUCUCCCGGGAUCGGGAUUUGGCCUUGUUUUACAAGCUAUUGGUACCGAGUCCGCUGUGGCGUCGGUGGAACGGGCGCUAAAUGCCAUGGCGACGCAGGCACUGCGCAACAAGGCAGCGGUUAUGUCAGUGUGUUUUGUGAAGGAAGCUAAACACAUGAUUUUUGAAGGUAACAUGUCUCCUUCAUUAAAGGGCGGUGGAGAAGUGUCCUGACAAUUUUGUUUGGCCAGAAUCAUUUCCUGUCCAAAUAUCCCUAUAACAUCCCUUAUUGUGAACAUACAAAAUUUUCCUUUGGGUGGGGGGGGAUAAUGAAAGACUAAAUAGCAUCAAGCGUUCAUCUUUCGACCUCAUUAAAGAAGCAGAUUAGUGCUUUAGCAACCGGAAGUGACAUCAUACAUCAGUCAAGCAUGAGUAUACACUGAUAAGAGCUUACUCUCUCUCCCGCUCUCAUUUCUCCAUAUUUUUCUCCUUCGUCAAAUUUUCGUUUCUACAUUCUAAAAACAAGUUGUGUCGAGUAGUACCAAAGUCAGCCCAAUAAAUUAUGAUAGUUUUUUGUUUAGAGAGCUUCAUAUAUAUGUGAAGCAUUGUGCACCCUCUAUCCCAGGGCCCCCGUCUCUUUUCUCCGGGUUGAAGUGGAGAAAAGAGACCCUGGGAACGAGGUUGGCAAUCGUGUUGGUCUAUUUUAAGGUUGCCUAAGCGAUGACGACGGUGUCACCUUGGUACCGUACUAUGGAAAUCAUCACCCCACUCAUGAUAGUCUGGCUUUGUACGUACCCAUGUUAGCAAGCCCGAGGUCUGGACUGCGCAGAAUCGGAGCGGCUUACACGCGACAUGAGUUCCUGAGCUUCGCAGAGAGAUUUCAUACUCAAGUGCAGGUACUACGAUUAUCGGAUCAAUAAGAGAUAAAGUACUCACCAAUCCCCUCUCCUAACUUUUCAUUUCGGGCGAAAUGUUAGCGCAUUGCGCAGGCGUCAUGCAUUUGCUUGUCUCACAAGCGCCCUGAUUGAGCACAGAAAUUACGUUGGUUUAAAAACAAAAUUGCUCCAAGGCGAAAUGAAAUAUAAAAAACUUUUAGAUAAAAAGUACUUUGUUUUCUCAGAACCUGUAGAAUGUCACAAAAAGAAAAUAGAGCUUGCUCUUGAAUUUGAAGGGAUAAACGUAUUAUUUAAGCUGUCAAUAAUCUCGUUUUUUUGUUUUAAAUCAUUUCUUUUUACUAAUAGGUAAUCGAGAGGGAUUUUGUGCCUACAAUUCAUGGUGAAAUGGAAUUUGCCAUUCAUUUUGGGCGUCUAUACGUGUUGAACGUUCCAAAGUCCUUUACAGAGGACACCGAAGCGCCGAGCGUGCGUAUGUUUCAGACAAAUCUCACGCGAGGCUACAAACCAAGGCCAAGCGUCUUGUCCGCCCCUCGAAACGUUAGAAAAUAUGGCAGAUCGCGCGUCAUCUGUACUGGGGGAAAAUUAAAAACUCGAUUACACAGGAUGCGAAAGGGAAUCGAAGUAACGAAGGAAGGAAAGAAAAUUCCUAAAGAAAAAGCAUCCCGAAGUUCCUUCUUUACUGUCGUUUCGUCGCGAGAGAAAGUUGACAGUUUCUUGUCCCAGCGUGGCUUUUCAGUUCACGCGGAAUCUGCAGAGAAGUACUCGGUUGAGAUUCACACCGAUCACGAGUUUUUAGUGAUAACGGACAAAGAUUUUAACUUUCUCGAGAUUAGGUUGCCAAAGUUACGAUGGUGUGCGGUGGAUGUUAAGAGGGCAUGGAAGGAAAACCCUGAGGAACAUGACAUGACCGAUUUGGACGGAGUUGAGACUGACGUGCGCUUUGUUUUGCAGGUACUGAAUAAAUGAACAGUAGUUUCCUUUUAUUGUUGUUGUCACUUAACCAUUUGUUUAAAAUGGGUACCACAAAUUACUGUAAAGUAUUCUUCCCAGUAACUGUCUAAGAAAACAUGUCAGUUAGACUGUGACAGCUGGUCUACGUCCCCUACUAUUUUUUAACAAUAUCAUGGGUUUCUUUCACGUACCCUUCUAAUUGAUACUCAUGAAAGGAUGGAGGCAUGGUCAAUUUAACGUCACCACCCAAAAUCUUAAAGACGCAAUCGUUUGAACUGCUGAACUGAAGCAAGGCCCGAAUCACAACCACACAAAUGGAGCAGUCAGCAUAACAAUGUUACCGGAUUAUUUAGAGACCUUGGUUACUAGUACGGUUGGGGUCUGAACUCGCGGUCUUUCGCUCAGCAGACCGACACUCUCCCAACCGAGAAAACCGGGAGGCGGUUCAGUAGUUUUUAUUUGAAUUGUCACGCUUUAGCAUUUUGUCCACAGACGCAAAAGUUAGAACCACCUUGUAGAGCAUAAAAACAGUGCCACAGAAAAGAACUGCUCAGUAGCUUUCAUUUGAAUGGUCACACUUUAGGAUUUCAACCACAGAUUUAAAAGUUUGAACCACCUUGUAUGCUCAACAGCUUUCAUUUGAAUCAGGGUCACACUACAGGAUUUCAUCCACAGACUCAAAGUUAGAACUAUCUUGUGCAACAUAAUAAACUGUACUACAACAAAGUACUGCUCGGUAGCUUCAUUUUUUAAGGAUGUCAUUCACACACUCAAAAAUAGAACCGCCAUGUACAACAUAAUAAACAGUACCACAAGAGAGUACUUUCAUUUGACUGAUCACACUUUAGGAUUCCAUCGACAGACUCAAAAGUAAUAACCUGUUAGAACCUUAUAAACAGCACCGCAGAAAUUCAUUUACGAGGUAACACCUUUGCAUGUCAUCCACAGAUUGACCAUAAAGUUAAAACCAACUUAAUAAGCGCGUAGACUCCAAAGUUCGACAUAAAGCCCUUGAACCUUCUUCUCCCCUUCUGAUGAUCUUUUUCAUGAUAGACCGUUUUACUUUUGCUGCAGACCCGUCGUUCGUUGCGCCCAGAUGACAUCCGGGGAUCUAAUUACGAGCAGUACCGGGAUGCAUUGCAGCCUCAGCCUCAUCCGCAAUCUACCCGGAGUCCAUUCGUAGUGAAACCGGAAAUUUGGAAGGAAGUAGCUAUGAUUCGCCACAAGAAAUCCCGAAUAUAUCGGGUCAAAGAUUCCACAUCCACUGUAAGCGAGUUUAGAAAAUCACUCAGUGUCAGUGUGAACGAGGUUACCGAGUAUUCUCGUCCCACUAAGCACGCUUCUGCCUUUAGCAAAGUGUUCACACGGUGUGAAGUUGCCGUCAAAGCCGGUUUACCUACUACUUGGAGCAACAGGGAGUCACUGGAACAGUUGUUGAGGGACAUUUGGGCGUUCGGGUUUGCUUUCGCCUCUUACAUGUCCGAUUAG